GGAGUAAAGAAAAGAAGAUUGCUUGACUACAAAUUCUCAAGAAUCUUGAUCUGUUAACUAUAUAAUUAUCCAUGGAGGAGCAAGUUCAAGGAGGGGUUUGUGGUGGCAAUUUGUGGGUGGAUCGAUCGACAAAAUUCUUCCUUUCGUCGUCUAUCAACGGCCCUAAGAGCUUCGGGUGGCCAAGUCAUGAUCGAGCCACCGGUUCAUUGAGUGGUGACUCGGCCGGUUCAGUUUUACACGAACCGUCACCCGAGAACGUCUCGAUUGUCUCAACCCUAGAAAUGAUGGGAAUCAACCUUUCCACAACUCUUGAUGAUGAUAAUUGGAACCAAGAUUUGAUACAUGAAAGCCAAAAAUCACAAGAAAAUUAUUCUCACAAUUUACAAGCUUCAUCUGCUCCUCUUGGCCUAGUCGACCCGAGAAUGAACAUCGACGGGCAAAACCUGGGUUUUCAGUAUAACACAAAUUCAUUCGACUAUAAAUUACCCUUGUUGCAAACCUUGUUAGAUGUGGGUCCCAAUCGACAAUCUAUACCAAACAUUCAUCAGGCGAUAAAUUACGGGCCGUCACAAAAUUAUGUGAGUCGGGCCGAAAUUUGCCCUACUUUACCCAAUAAUGUUCAAGAAACGCGACAUGCUAAUGACCGUUUUGAGUUCGCGAAUAAUUACGCGCCUUUUUGGAAUGCAUCGACUUCGAGUUUUGCAGCCUCGAGCCAAGCUCGUUUAAUUCGUCCAUCGUCUCUUCAUAACUCAAGACCUAAUUUUCACAUCCUUGAUUCCAAGCAACAUAAUUAUCAAGAAGCCGGCCAGGGAUCAAAGAAAGCCGGCCACAAGCUGGCAGCCAAGCGGCCGCCAGCCGAAAGUCCGUCACCAUUAUCGGCAUUUAAGGUUCGAAAAGAGAAGCUUGGGGACCGAAUAACGGCCCUUCAGCAGCUAGUUUCACCUUUUGGAAAGACUGAUACUGCAUCGGUUCUCCAUGAAGCAAUUGAAUACAUCAAGUUUCUCCAUGAUCAAGUCAGUGUAUUAAGCACACCAUAUCUAAAAAAUGGAUCCCCUCAACUGCAAUAUCAACAGGCUGAAGACAAAAUAAAAGAUGCAAGAGAGCAAAUUAAAGACCUAAAAAGCAGAGGCCUUUGCCUUGUACCAAUAUCAACAACAUUCCCAGUAGCUACUGAAACUAACACUUAUUUUUGGACACCAACUUUUGGAGGGUGUUUUAGGUAA